UUCUCUAGACUUUCUGGACCCCACUGUUUUUAAAGUCUCUCUUCUCUUCCCUUAUAAAAAUAAAACGGAGGAGUAUAAAUAAUAAUAAAUCAACACAAAAAUCCAUCCAAAUACAACAACGAAAUCCAUUUUCACAAUCUGACUGACUAGCUGCCAUUUGCAAGGUCGCCGUCGUCGUGGUUUCAAGGUGGGUGGGUGGGUGGGUGGUUGUAACUCUCUUCGACGCUUUGCUCUUUGAAACAAUGCCAAGAAGAAGAAGGUUAGUAAAAUUAGAACAAGGUGCUACAUAUCUUGGUAGUACGGUUGACAUCAUAGCCGUCGUCAAUGAUGUUGGCCUCCCCAAGAAAACUCAGGGAACUGAUUACUGCUGUACCAUAAGAGUGAUUGAUGAAACAAAAUAUCAAACUGGAACGUCUAUCAACAUUUUUCUCCGAACUACAGAAGCUUUCCCCCGUUUUGCAUCUGCUGGAGAUAUAAUUCAGCUCUGUAAUGUCAUGGUUUCAUCAUUUAACAACGAAAUAAAUGUUACUUCCUACAGAAAAUAUUCCUAUUUUGCCUUAUUUAAAGGGAGGGAUGGUGUUGAUUUUGACCCUUAUCAACAAUAUUCACCAGUUGAUUCAACAGUUACCAACAUAGAAGUCGACAUAAAUCGCAUAGUUGAUCUUAGAAAUUGGUUGGCCAAUUUUCAGAUUCCUCAAGUUUCAAGUGAUUUUCCUAUGUUAAGAGAAAUCAAAGAAGGUAACUUAAAUCUGGCAUGCAAGAUACUUCAUUGCUGGAAGGCUGCAAGUCAAUGGUUUGUUUAUGUGUGGGAUGGUACAGAUACCCCACCAAAUGUCAUAAAUGCAAUGCCAAAUGAUGAAAUUAAUUCUUCACUUCCAUUAGAGUUGGAACCGUCUUUGCCAAGAGAUAUAUUACGUACUUUUCCUAGGGUUGGAUCUAUAUUGAGGAUUAAAUUUGAACUAACUGUAGAGACAAAUCUUCUCUCAAUUCUUAACAUUGAUAAAUGGGUCAAGUUUGUCUAUUUAACUCUCAAAGUUGAUCCAGCGUCAAGACUAUGGCACGGCGAUUUUACCACACAAUCAAAGAUUCGAUAUACACCAUCUCAUGAUUGUCUUAUUACAGAACGUCAAAGGUUGUAUAAUGAUCGGUUAUUGUUGAGAUCGGGAAACAUUUUUAUUGGCACGAUUCCUCAGUCUAUCAGCAAUUUAGUCGAGGUUUUUAGUAUGACAAGGAUUCAUCACGGUCACGAUUAUAGAGAUCAUUCUACUUUAAUGUGUGUGCUCAAUCAUUUGAAGGUGCCGAAAACAUUCAAGUGUGUUGUUCGAGUGGUAGCAAUCCAGCCAUCUCAAAUUAAAAAUUUAUAUUCUCGUGCUGAAAAGAAGUAUAGGAUGAGACUCACCCUAGAAGAUCCAACAACAAGAAUUCAUGCAUUUGUCUUUGAUAAAGAUGGGGAAACUCUUUUUGAUGGUUAUCCUACCAUUGCAAAUUUGAAAACAAAGUUAAACAAAUUACUUGGAAUAAUGGAAUGCGAAGACAAUGAUAAUGAUGUAACAUAUACCCCAAGAAAUCCACCAUGGGUAAGUGUUUGUAUCAAAUCAUAUGAUUCCAAAAUUGAUCAACGAGGGAGUAUAAUAUUUGGCAUAUAUGACACUACCCUGGUGGGUGACGCAUGAUUUACCCUAAUGUGAUGUUGAAUAGAAACCUCUUUCUUUGCAUACUGCACUAACUGACUCAGUCUGCCUCCCUUUUAGAAGAUAUGAGAAUAUGAGAUGAGAUAACGUCUUGGGAUGUAUAAACAUUGGUGCACUAGAAGAUGCAUCUAUGCCAGUGGAGAGUGGAGAUAGGAUAUGUAUACAAUAUUCACAAAUUCUUUUUUUUUUUUUUUUUUUUUUUUUUUUAAGGUUGUGUUUUUACUAGAUUUUGAAUGCUUGCAUGUGAAGAUAUGAUGUGUGUGUAUGUGGUUUGAAAUCUC